AUGGCUCCAAAUCAUGGUAUGGAUUUCUCAUCCUCUGAAGCCUCCAGCAUCUCAGGAGGGUCCAAAGGAGAAAGUUCCAGAGAUGAAGCCAUCAGGAACCAGAAGAUGAAGAUGGUUCAAAUUACCAGCAGCAAGGAUGAUUCUCUUCGUAAUAAAUCGAAGAUGGAGCUGGAUUUUUUCAGAUCAGAAGUGAACAUCAUAGGUUCUUCAUCUGAAACAAAUAAUAAAAACAACAAUGGAAAAGAUCAUGAGUAUGAUUAUCUUGAAGAUCAUCAUGGUGAUGAUAAUGAAAAGAACAGUUCUGCAGAAAGGACUUACUGCUGCAACUUCUGCAAAAGAGAGUUUUCUUCCUCACAAGCCCUAGGAGGCCAUCAAAACGCACACAAACAAGAGCGUGCAAUUGCAAAACGACGACAAGCAGGGAUUGUUUCUGAUCACCAUUUUGGUUUCUUGGGGAAUCAUUAUUAUUCUCCACACUAUUCUUAUUAUGGUAAUUACCCUUAUCAUCAUCCUAACCCUCUGGUUAAUAGCCCUUUGAUCAAUUAUAAUAGGCCACUUGGGGUUAGAAUGGAGUCCAUGAUUCACAAACCUUCUUACAGUAACCCUAAUUUUAGGUUCAGGCAUGAUCAUCAAACCCUAGAUAGGUUUGGAGUUAGGGCAAGUUCUGGAACCUUGAAGAUUGAAGAAAUUAGUGAGAAUAUUAGUCCUCCAACUACUCGCCAUCAGUUUGGGCAAAAUUCUUCUUCUUCAACUACUGCUACUAUUACUGUUGCUACUGGUGGUGAUCAACACAUCAAGUUUAUGCCAGAAGAAGCUCCCAAGAAAGAGAAUGAUGAUUAUCUUGAUUCUUCGGGUCUUGAUUUGUCUCUUAAGCUUUAA